AACGUGGCGGACGAGUUGAUUUCUGUAGAAUUAAGCAGACAUGUAACUGAUAUCAUGAGUUGUCUUCAACGAAGUACUGGUCAGAAUGAUGUAAUACAAUUCCGCCUCGACUGGUUAUACAAUGCUGUUGUACGUUAUUGUGACAAUAUCCCUUCUGGGGAGGCAGUACUGGCCCUUAUUCAAGAAGCGAAAGAACUGCUUAGAGAAAAUGAGAAUGGUAGUUGUAGUGAGAACGUCGCGUUUCAAGCAGAGGUUGCAACUACUGGCGAGCGAGGAAGACCACGCAUUAUCAUUGCAAAGGAUCAGCUCGAGUUUUUGUUAGAUUUGGGGUUUAAAUCCGGAGAGAUUGCAUCUCUGCUUGGUGUCAGUGAAAGUACUGUUAAACGAAGAAUUCGUGAGUAUGAAACAUUUGUGAGGCAAAGAUAUUCAAAUAUUACUGACGAAACUUUGGAUGGCCUUGUUGAAGAAUUAAUGAGAGAAUUUCCCAAUUGUGGCUACAAGAGGAUGACAGGCCUCUUGCUCAAUUCAGGUCAUAGAAUCCAGCAAAAUCGCAUCAGGGAGUGUAUGAGAAGAGUCACUCCCAAGGGCGUCCUCCUGAGAGUCCUUGAGCUGCGAACUGUUCGCCGGAGAAGAUAUCAAGUUAGUGGCCCUCUUGCCUUGUGGCAUAUCGAUGGGAAUCACAAACUAAUAAGGUAA